AUGGCCAAUAACGGUAACAAAAGCGAGUCAUCAGUUAGUGGCACUGAGUCGAUGGAAAGAAUCAUAGAAAGAGUGGUUACCAGCUUUUUGCAAGCCUUGCAGACUAACAAAAACAAUGGGAUGCCAGAACGGCAAGAAGAGCUGGUUAUAAUAAAACAGUUCCAGGAUCUGAAACCCACCACAUUUACCGGCGAUCUAGACCCAAUGGUAGCAGACGCUUGGGUUAAAGACAUGGAAAAUAUUUUUCACACCUUACCCUACACCGAAAGACAGAAGAUCAAUGGCUUGCUCGCCAAUAUAACUAUAGAACCUACUUUGAUUAAAGAAAUUAAAGCACGCCAAUGUGAAGGUAAACUUUUAAAGAAGAAGUACGAGGAGCAAAGAAGUACGCUUGAUCCUGACUUCACUAUAAGCAAUGGGACGCUAAAAUUUCAGAAUCGAAUUUGUGUACCCAACCUUCCAGAACUUAAGAAGAAGAUAUUGGUAGAAGCUCAUAGCUCGAGGUUUAUAGUUCACCCUGGCAAUACGAAGAUGUAUCAUGAUCUAAAGGAACACUAUUGGUGGACAGGAAUGAAAAGAGACAUAACAAGCCACGUCCCUAAAUGCCUGCAUUGUUAG